AUGGACGUUCCAUUACACGGUCACGGAAAACGUAUUCUGUCUGGCUCUACUCGUUCCCCUCGUAGUGACUCUGGUGCAAAUGGAUACACAGUGUGCGCGGAUACUAGCGAGGUUCAGGGUAAGAUGAUGCCACCGGAUUUUGAUUGCCAACAAGGAGAUGUUAUCUCAGCGAUCAAAUUCGCCGACUAUGGCCAAGCCACUGGUGCUUGUGGAACUUAUAAACGCGGCAAAUGUGGUGGGCGUAAUACAUUGAAUAUUGUCAAAAAGAGAUGCCUUGGAAAAGGGAAGUGUGAGUUGCUUGCUCCUGGCAAAAUAUUUGGUCCGACUAACUGCAAGGGAACUAUUAGACUCGUUAUUGAAGCCACUUGUAAAAAAACAUAG